AAAAAAGGUUAGAUAGUUUUUUAGUUUUAAUUUUGAAACAUCAUCUCAUCAGACGUUCGUCGUGAAUCUAAGCCCGGCCCUCUCCGCCGUUUGGCUUCUCCCCUCCGCAGGAUCCAAAGCCUAGGUGGAUAUUGGAGGUUCUAUGAUACUUGUGUUGAGCUGAUUAUGAAUAUCAACAGAGACGAGGCUCUUAGAGCCAAAGACUUAGCAGAAGGUUUAAUGAAAAAGUCUGACUUCACCGCUGCUCGUAAGCUUGCCUUGAAGGCUAACAAAAUGGAUCCCAGCUUAGAGAACAUAACUCACAUGACGAUGGUGUGUGAUGUCCACUGCGCUGCGACGGAGAAGCUCUUCGCGAACGAGCUGGAUUGGUACGGUAUACUCCAGGUUGACUUGAACGCUGAUGAUAUCGUCAUCAAGAAACAGUACAGAAGGCUGGCGCUUCUUCUCCACCCUGAUAAAAACAAGCUCCCAGGCGCUGAGUCUGCUUUUAAACUCAUCGGUGAAGCUCAGAGGAUACUUUUGGAUAGAGAGAAAAGAACGGUUUAUGAUACUAAACGUAGAGCUUGGAGAAAGCCUGCACCUGCACCGUCCUAUAAAGUCCAGCAGGUGCCGAGGAACCACCGUGCGCAGCAGGCAAGCGUUAAUUUGAGGAAUGUCUACAAUGACUUGAGAACGCAUCCUCAGCAGAGAGCUCCUCAAGGCCCACCGGCAGCAGCAGCAGCUUUCAGCCACCGUCCUACCUUUUGGACCUCUUGUCCCUUCUGCCGGAUGAGGUAUGAGUAUAGUAGGGAAUCUAUCAUGAAACAAACUUCUUGUCUGGCUUGCAAAAAACAGUUCACUGCGUUGGAGAUACCUUUCCAGAAUGUAGUACCACCGGCAGCAACAAACUCAUGUCAGAAAACUUAUGCUUUCCCACAACAGAACAAGGCUUUCCCAAAGGCAGCAACUAAUAGAAAGAGGAAGAAAAAGAAUGUGGAUGAAUCUAGUGAAAGCUCUGACAGUGAGAGUGAUAGCGAAUCAGAAGAUAAUGCAUUUGGCGAUACUAUGGCAGCACAAGGCUUGGGUUCCAAUGGAGGACAGCAGCCUCGGAGGUCAGUUAGGAGCAAGCGGCAGGUUUCCUAUAAGGAGAAUCUGAAGGACGAUGAUGUAGACUUGGUCAAUGAAGAUGGAGAAGGGUCCGGGAAAAAUAUAGAUACUGAAAAGGAAGAAGAGCUAGAAGACAAAGAGCAGACACUUGAGGAUCACCACUCUACUGAAACCUUGCCGAAUGGUGUAAACCCAAAGGAGAAGAUUAAAGAAGACCAGGUCAAGGUGGAAAGCGAAGAUAGUGCUAGUGAUUCAGAGAAUGAUUUAUGUUCAGGGAGUGAAGCAAAACCAAAUGUUAUCAACUGUGAUGAUCCUGAGUUCAGUGACUUUGAUAAGCUGAGGGCAAAAGGGUGCUUUCAACCUGGCCAGAUCUGGGCUUUAUAUGAUGAUGGAGAGGGGAUGCCUAGAUUUUAUGGUCUCAUAACAACAGCUAGAACAACUCCAGUUUUCUCGGUAACUUACAAGUGGUUAGAGUCAGAAGAAGAUGAAGAAGCACGAAACUUGCCCGUCUCUGUUGGUAAGUACCGACUCGGUGGAGAUGAGAAGACAGAUAACACUAACGUUUUCUCUCAUUUCGUCCAGAUGAGAAUAGGAAGGGCCCGGCGGCUUAAGGUGUUCCCUAAGAAAGGAGAAACGUGGGCCCUAUUCAAGAACUGGAACAAGGACGUACCCUCCGACUCAGAUUCUUCUCAUGAGUAUGGAUUUGCUGAGAUCCUGUCUGAUCAUGCAGAAGAAAGUGCCAUAUCAGUGGGGUUCUUGUCUAAAGUGGAAGGCUUUAAGUUUGUUUUCUGUCCAGUGGCGAAGGACGGAUCAGAGACUUGUGAGAUUCCACCUCAUGAGUUCUGUAGAUUCUCACAUGGGGUUCCCUCGAACAGAUUGAAGGGAACAGAAGGGAGAGGAGUGUUGGAAGGUUGGUAUGAGCUUGAUCCAGCUGCUUUACCAGUCCAAAAUAUACCAGGAGAAGAAGCAGCAGGUCAAGAACAAGACCAUCAAUCUCCACCUUUAGGAUCUGCUUGCUGACUUGCUCAACAAAUCUGGAGCUCUACAGAGGCCUUUUGUGACUUGGUGAAGUCAUUGAUUAGGAGAUUGUUUUGUUGUUUGUGCGUUUUCUAUUUUCUUGGUUUACUCAAGACUUGUAGCUUAAUCGGCAUAUGCUUUAAACUACAUUACUGUUAACAGUAAGAAUAUGUGACUUGAAAAUAGCACCAGUUUCAACUU